AUGGUGGCUGGAUCUCACUAUCGAUCAGUCCUUCAGCAGGGUAUUUAUUCUAGUUGGUAUUUGAAUAUUCCUUUUCAUUUUUUAGUUCCUGCAUUUCGUGGUGUUAUUGAUGUACCCCUUGUCGUGAGGAGAUUACACAAAUCUAGAGAAGAGGUGAGGAAAGAUCUUGGAGUUCCGGAUGAUGUGAAGCUAGUAAUUUUUAAUUUUGGUGGGCAACCAGCUGGUUGGAAGUUGAAGGAGGAGUACUUACCUGCUGGUUGGUUGUGCCUGGUUUGUGGGGCUUCAGACAAUCAGGAGCUUCCCCCUAAUUUCAUAAAGCUUGCAAAAGAUGUUUAUACACCUGACCUAAUAGCAGCUUUAGAUUGCAUGCUCGGAAAGAUUGGAUAUGGCACAGUCAGUGAAGCCAUGGCAUACAAGUUGCCAUUUAUCUUCAUACGCCGAGAUUAUUUUAAUGAAGAACCAUAUUUGAGAGAAAUGCUUGAGUAUUACCAACGUGGUGUGGAGAUGGCCAGAAGAGAUAUGCUCAGUGGAUGUUGGAUACCCUACCUUGAAUGUGCUGUUAACUUGAAAUCGUGCUAUGAGGGAGGUACCAAUGGUGGUGAGGUAUUCAAGUUUUUUUAAUCCAAUUUUGUACCU